UGUGAUGUGACUUGUGUUUAUUUCAGGAACUGUUUGUGGAAGUGAAAGAAAGUAUGCAUUGGUUUUGCGUUUGGUGCCCGAGUUACUAGUAAUGACGACAAUUAAAAACAGGUUAUUUUACAUUAAAUUAGGACAAAACACAGGAGGGAAAAUAGCGACUUUAGCUUCGGAACAGAGGUAAAAUGGUCAAAUAUUGUACGGAAAUUUAUAGGAGGCUAAACUAGAGAUAAGUAUUUGCAAUUAUUAUUAUUAUUAUUAUUAUUAUUAUUAUUAUUAUUAUUAUUAUUCAUGUUUUUAUUUGUUUACGGUUUGACUUGGAAGUGUCUUAUAAAUAAUUCAGUAUACGCGGUGUUAAGUUAUUUAUAAACAAAUACUAAAAACAACUGUUAUUGUUUUAAAUAUUUAGUUCAGUGCGUUAUUAUUGUUAUUAUUGUAAAGUAAUCCCCUAUCAUUUAAAUACACAUUUCUCAGUCGCCUGUUGCUACCAGUCAUACAUGUGUCAGGGCCAUCUAAAGAAGAACUUUCUUGAAAGUUGAAACUGAUAGCUGCAUAUGUGAAAUACUACUAUUUGGAAAUGUGUGUUUGUGAGUAGUUAUCUGUAAUGACUGUUUAACUUUACGAGAAAAUAGCAUAAUAACGGUUUCGAGAAAAAUUCGGAGUUGUUUUACUUUUUGUUAUGGAAAGCCUUCAAAUUUCUGCCAACUCAUUUUACUGUAUGCGUUGUUGAUACAGACCAAGUUUGAACGACGUGGUGGCCAUAGAUGUAAAACAUUUAACACUGUAAAGUCGUAUUAAGUUAUAACAUAGUAACUUUUUUUUUUUUUUAAAUACUUUAAACUUUGCUAGAUUUGUUGGAGAUGUAGUUUUGUUUAGCAAAACUAAACUUAAAGGUGAAACAGAAUUGCCAUAUAAUACAGAAAUCAGAAAAAAAUAAAUAAUGGGAAGCCAUGAAGUUAGUGAGAGUAGCCCUCUUUUGGGACCCCAGACCAAUGAUAACAGGAGCCCAGUGUCUGUCUUUGAAGGCAGGAGGCUGGCAUGUGCAGCAAUCCUGAUAGCAGAAUCUCUGGAAAGAGUGGCCUUCUAUGGGAUUACCGCAAACCUGGUCCUGUUCCUCAACGGAGAGCCUUUCUUCUGGGAGGGGGCACAAGCCAGCCAAGCCCUACUCAUCUUCAUGGGCGUCACCUACCUUGUGUCUCCCUUUGGUGGCUGGCUAGCUGAUGCCUACCUGGGGAAGUUCUGUACUAUUAUCUGCAGUAUGCUUCUCUAUCUCUUUGGGAUGUUGGCUUUCCCCUUCAUCACAGCGUUGGAGACAAGAAAUGGCCUUUGUGGGGAAGUCCGAGCUUACCCUGUGCAGCCUUCAGAGUGCAUCAACGGCACUAGCAGCAGCAGCAGCAAUGUGACCUGUCCUUACCCCCAGCAGUACUGCAGUCCUGUGAUCUUCAGUGGUCUCGUGAUAAUUGGUAUCGGUGUGGGAUCGGUGAAAUCAAACAUCACCCCCUUUGGAGCUGAUCAGGUGAAGGACAGGGGCCCUGAAGCUACUCGUAGAUUUUUUAACUGGUUUUACUGGUGCAUUAACCUGGGUGCAAUUCUGUCUUUGGGCGGCAUCGCUUAUAUUCAGCAGAAUAUAAGCUUCAAUCUGGGCUACAUCAUUCCCACUGUCUGCCUUGGCGUUUCCUUCUUGGUGUUCCUGUGUGGCCGGACUGUCUUCAUCACCAAGCCAGCAAAUGGUAGUGCCUUCACUGACAUGUUUAAGAUUCUUGGCUACUCCUUCUGCUCCAGCCAGCGGCACAAGGAGCCAGCCAGGUUAAGAAAUCAAAUUCAUGAAGUGUGUCUGCCAAAGCCAAAGCCUAACCUGCUGGACAAUGCAAAAGAAGCCUAUGGAGGGCGGUUUCCAGAGGAGAAGGUGGAGGAAGUGAAGGCCUUGUUUAAAGUCAUCCCUGUAUUUUUGGCACUCAUACCAUAUUGGACUGUGUAUUUCCAGAUGCAGACCACGUACAUCCUGCAGGGUCUUCACUUACGGAUCCCUGAGAUUUUUAAGAUGAGUGGAGAAGGAAAUAGUUCUACUAGCAAGAAUUCUCUACACAUGCUUCCGUCUGCCUGGCUCACCAUGUUCGAUGCUCUGCUGAUUCUGGUCCUGAUUCCUCUGAAGGAUAAAGUCAUCGACCCCGUUCUGAAGAGGAGGGGCCUGCUCCUGUCGUCUCUGAAGAGGAUUGCAGUGGGAAUGUUCUUUGUCAUGGGGUCUGUCGUGGCUGCGGGGAUUUUGGAAAGCAAAAGACUGGAUGUUGUUUUCAAGAAGGAUAUCAUCGAUCAGGUCAUUGGCAAGGAGACGUACCAUGCAGCCAAUUUAUCAAUAUGGUGGCAGAUACCACAGUACUUGCUCAUUGGAAUCAGUGAAAUAUUUGCCAGCAUUGCAGGUCUGGAGUUUGCAUACUCCGCUGCACCCAAGUCCAUGCAGAGUGCCAUCAUGGGUCUGUUCUUUUUCUUCUCUGGGAUUGGCUCCUUUGUCGGCUCGGGACUUUUAGCCUUGGUGUCCCUCAAAGCAGUUGGCUGGAUGUCCUGUCAUAAAGAUUUUGGUAACAUCAAUGGCUGUUCUUUGAAUUAUUACUUUUUCUUGCUUGCGGGGAUCCAAGGAGUAACUCUGCUGCUUUUCCUGGUUGUCUCGGUGAAGUAUGACAAGCAGAGAAGCGUGCAGUGGCAAAACACAGUGUCUUAACACAAUAUUUUAAUGACAAAAAUAAAAACCCUUUCAUCGCCUGAAAGGAAAGCUAACAAACUUGCAGCACCCCCAUGUUGUUAAAUGCACAGUCCCCUUGUAUCUUCAGCCAUAGUUUUAAUACUGACAAAAUUCAGUACAAAAAAAAAAAAAAAAAUCAAAGUCUUUG